GUAGUCUGUGAAUCGUGUUUGAGAAAUGAGAAUUGUGAUUCAGUUUUUGACUAACGAAUCUGAAUUCUGAUUGUCAUUUUGUGGAUGUGGAGUGUUUUGUGUUGUGAACUUGUGGGUAAAUGUUAAUAAAAUUCUUUAAAAUCCUGUCAUAUGCUGCUGGUACUACGUAUUGUUGUCAUGCGCCACUGUGCGUCUGCGCCGGAUGGCAACUGAUUCAUCAUUGCUAGUUGUGACUUGACAGUGUAAUGUUUAUUAUACUUUAUGUCCUGAAACGACAUAUUGUUGAAGCUUAACAAGUAUAUUUUUGUCUGAAAAUGUACGUACGUACGGCCGUUGUGUGUGUGAGUUUUGAUAAGCGACACAGUGAUAGGAUUGUGGAAGUGAGCCAACUGUGUGGAAUGGUUCCGGUGUGUUGGAGAUUUGUCGAUUAGUGCGGUUGAGGUGAUCUCGUCACCAUGGGGAAGCUAUUGUCGAAGAUCUUCGGCAACAAGGAGAUGAGGAUAUUGAUGCUGGGACUCGACGCAGCGGGGAAGACUACUAUUUUAUAUAAAUUAAAAUUAGGUCAGUCAGUGACAACGAUACCAACGGUCGGUUUCAAUGUAGAAACUGUCACGUAUAAGAACGUUAAAUUCAACGUUUGGGAUGUUGGGGGGCAGGACAAGAUUCGACCACUCUGGAGGCAUUAUUACACAGGUACACAAGGUCUGAUAUUCGUAGUGGACUGUGCGGACAGGGACCGUAUAGAUGAGGCGCGGCAGGAACUGCACCGUAUUAUCAAUGACAGGGAGAUGAGGGAUGCCAUUAUACUCAUAUUCGCCAACAAACAGGACUUGCCUGAUGCAAUGAAACCCCACGAGAUCCAAGAGAAGCUAGGCCUGACGCGAAUCCGCGAUCGCAACUGGUACGUGCAGCCUUCGUGCGCCACUUCCGGUGACGGGCUCUACGAGGGACUCACGUGGCUCACCAGCAACCACAAGUUAUGAGCUGCAGAGUAGGCGGCCCGCCCGCCACGUACUGCGGUGAGGAUCGAGAUGCCAUUUAAUUGUAAGUAAGCGGCGCACCGUUGGUAAUAUUGUGAACCAGUGUAUGAACUAUCGCGCAAGUGAAGUAAUUACUUUCAAGAGGACUUUUCAAAUGCUUUUUACUGAAACGUUACUUUUUAUACUAAGUAGAUACAAAUAAACAAAAAUUUUGACGCCAUAUGAUCGUUGUUAAUAGAUAAUGUAGAUUUUAACUAAACAUUGCAUAACAUUUUUCUAAAAUUUAUUUAUAACUUUAGUAAAAUGUUUUUUUUUGUGUAUGGCAAUAUCAGAGUUAUCGGAGCCUGAUAGUCGACUCCAUGUAAGAUUACCAUCUCAGGCGGGUUUUACUGUAUUCUAAGAAGCAACGUUUCAGUAUUAAGCCUUUAGUUAGUAAACGUGAACUGUUUGUCACACAAAAAUCAAUUAUUCCAUUAUUUAAAGAGAGUUAGAGCUUUGUUGUAACGACAUUUGAUUAUUUUUUUUAUUUAAACGGUGAUUACAUAGA